CUUGAAGAAAGUUGUUUCUUCAAGUUCAAGGUAUAGCAAUCUCGGAUUCUCUGUAACGAUACUCUGGCAGAGUCUCACGACUUGCAAAGUGGCAGUCCUGUAUUCUUUGUUCAAUCUUCAUUGAAGCGUACUCUGUCGAUUCCAUAUGGCCACUGAUUUCUGGGCCAGUUCGCACUACAAACGAUGGAUCGUGGAUCGGGCUACCCUGAAGGAGUCUCGUUCAGAUGACCUACAAUACGUGGAUGAUCCAGAGUACCUCGAUUUCUUUGCAAUUUUCUUUGCCAAUGUUAUAACGAAACUAGGAAAAAAGCUCAACUUCAGGCAGCGAGUCAUUGCAACAGCCAUCGUAUUUUUUCGGAGAUUUUAUAUCAAAAACUCGUACUGCGAAACCGACCCAUUUAUUGUCAUCGCAGCAUGCUGUUACGUAGCUGGGAAAGCGGAAGAGUCGCCCGUGCAUAUCAAAAACAUGGUAGCAGAGGCCCGCCUUUUCUUCAGCCAGCAGCCUUACGGCGUAAAAUAUUUUCCUUCAGAUAAUUCCAAACUCGCCGAGAUGGAGUUCUAUCUCGUUGCGGACCUCGAAUGUGAUCUCACCGUUUUUCAUCCGUAUCGCACGUUGCUGUCCAUAUGCAAGAAGGAGAGUUCGACCGACCUGCAAACAGAAGCUGGUGAAGUGGGGAUGGACGACGGGCCACGGUAUUGGGGAAGUGGAGAUGGGCAACUCGAGUUGUCAGAUGAUGCAUUCCAGCUAGCUUGGUCCAUUGUCAACGACACAUAUCGCUCAGAUCUGUGCCUGCUUUAUCCUCCCCAUCUACUCGCCAUUACGGCGCUCUACCUUACUGUUGUUUUACACGGUCCAACUAGAGAGCUCCUGCAACAGCAGUCUCAUUCAGUUGAAACAACACCGGUCCAUAGCUCCCCGAGAAGAUCGUCGCGGCAAAAUUCUAGUACAUCAAUGGGUCACACAAAGAAACCCUCACAGGACUUUGUUGCUUUCUUUGCUGAACUUAACAUUUCAAUGCCAUUGGUCGCAACUAUUGCACAAGAAAUUAUUUCACUGUACACACUCUGGGAGCGGUACAUUGAAGAUUCCGAUCUCGUUGAUUCUGCAAGGGGUGCAUUCUACGGACAUGCGUCGGCGCAGGCACAACCGGCAGUGAACCAUAGCGGGAUGUCUACGCCUGUGGAGAGCCUGGACGACGCGCAGAGGCCACAUGGCGCUACGCCGACAUUCUUGCUGCAGGUCUUGACGAAGAUGAGGGAGAACAGGUUGUCGGAUAUGGCGCACGCGUCUUCUGGGAGGCCUGUUGUGGUAAAUAAGAUGCUAGAGCGGACUCAGGCUGCUGGGUGAUCAACCGUAUCAUCUUCAUUUACAUCCCUAUGUGUGUAUGUACGUUUUGUAUCUCAUGUGAUUAGCUAGGACGAAGCCCUUUCAAGUAACCGAACAAGAUCUAUGAUAAUCUGUUCAAGUCAACUUGAACAAUAUUAAAAUUGGAGGUUCACCUUAAAAGUUCGCCUCGUUGCAACCUCAAAUCACAAAGUUUCACCCUUUCAUCAGUGAACAGCCGGAGGGCGUCAAUAACUGAACAUCUGUAUUUCUC